ACUGAAUCUCUCACUGACAUGUGGGGCCCACGACCUGCCUUAUCCUCUCCUGUUUCAGCUCACUUAAACCCCUCGACGUCGCCACCGCCGGCGACGCCGUCGUCCCCAAAACCCGAGCAAGAAUGGCGGCCACUCCGGCCACCGCCACCUUCCCGCACCUCGGCCUCCGCCCCAAGCCCCUCCUCAGGCGCCGCCUCCGCCGCAUCGCCGUCUCCGUCUCCCCCUCCGGCCCCGACGAGACCCCCGCGGAUGACCCGCCGGUGAUCCCCUCGAUCCUCGUCAAGAACACCGAGCCCGAGGACGUCGCCCGCCGCCGGAGCUGGGUGGAGCACGGGUGGGCGCCGUGGGAGGAGAUCAUGACCCCCGAGGUCGCGUUCGCGCGGCACAGCCUCAACGAAGGGGAGGAGGUGCCGCUCCAGACGCCGGAGUCGCAGGAGGCGUUCCGGAUGCUCACCCCGGCGUACCGGGAGAAGGUGGAGUCCGAGCCCGGGUACGAGGAGCGCCUCUUCGCCACGCGCGACACGCCCGAGCCCCUCGAGACCUCGUGGGCCGGCGAGCUCCCGCUCCGGCUCGUGCCGCCGCGGGACUGGCCGCCGCCGGGGUGGGAGGUGGACCCCGGCGAGCUGGAGUUCAUCAGGGAGGCGCACAGGGAGUUCACGGAGAGGCUGGACAUGGCGGCGGUGGCGGCCAAGGGGGUGACGCACGUGGACAAGGUGGAGAACGCGCCGGAUGAUCUGGGGCUGGAUCGAUACAAGAUGUUCUUGAAGCAGUACAAGGAAUGGGUGGAAGCCAAUCGGGACAGGUUGGAGGAGGAGUCCUACAAGUUUGAUCAGGAUUACUACCCUGGCAGACGGAAAAGAGGUGAGGACUACAAAGAGGACAUGCUUGAACUCCCGUUCUUCUAUCCUGGACAGAUCUGUCGUGGUCGAGUGAUCAGUGUUCACCUCUAUCAGGGAGCUUUUGUGGACAUCGGUUGUGUUCAUGAUGGGUGGGUACCAAUAAAAGGAAAUGAUUGGUAUUGGAUCCGUCAUCACAUCAGACCUGGCAUGGAAGUCCAUGUAGAGAUUCUGGCCAAACGAGAUCCCUACCGCUUCCGUUUCCCACUCGAAAUGCGCUUUGUAUAUCCUAACAUUGAUCAUCUAAUAUUCAAUAGGUUCGACUAUCCACCAAUAUUUCACCGCAAGGAAGAUACUAACCCAGAGCAGUUGUGGCGUGAAGGUGGAAGACCACCUAUUCCUAGGAAAAAACCUUUGAAAGAUAUGGAGAAAGAACCUUUGGUAUCAGACCACCCCUUUGUUGAAACGCUUUGGCUGUGGCAUAAUGCAGAGCAAAUGAUUUUAGACCAUGAGGAGGAAAAUCCAGAUAAAUUCAAGGAUACGACAUAUGAGUCCACAGUUGAUAGUUCCAUUGUUCAUGAAGAAAAUAGAGUUCAACAUACUGAAGGGUAUUUCAAAGACACACUGCUGAAAAAGGAAGUUGUGAAUAUAGAUAUCAAGGAGCUUGAUCUGGAUGCCGCUCGUGCUGAGCGUCAGCUGAUAAAAAAACUAAGAAAGGAAGCAGAGGAAAGAGGAGAGGAAUACAAAGUAGGGAAGCUCCGACGAAACAAAGAAAUGGAUGAGUACGAUCUAAUGCAAUGGCGCCGUUCUUUCGAAGAGCGGGAAGCUCUUAUCAGAGACAUAUGCUGCCGUAAAGCAUUUGGGCUUCCUGUCGACGAACCUGGGCGAUAUGACGUGGAUGAGACCGAAGUUUAUGGCAAAGAUUACUACGACCCGAGUAAGCCUAUGUACCGCUACGACUACUGGGGAGAGCCCAAGAACACCGAGAAGACCAAGCUAGAGAGGGAGGUGGAGCUUCACAACCAGCAGGUUAUCGGAGACGCGAAGAAAUGGUGCGAGAUGUCGUACGACGACUAUGUCCGGCAGAAGGUGCGGAUGGAAGCCGCUGAAGCCAGGGAGAGGCAGAGGAAGGCAUCGGAGCCACAGGAGGAGGACGAGAAGUAUGAGGAUGAGAUGGACCUUGACUUGAAGAAGAUGAUGGAUCCCCAGGCGCCACACAAUCGGUGUUUCAUCACAAAAUGACAGGUUAGAAUGUUAGGCACACUAUGAUUUAGACAUAGUAGCUCUUUUUUUGGGUGUUGUAUGUGCAAAUUUUGUAGGAGAUGUAACACUGUUGAUGAUAGACCAGCAAUAUGCUUUGCCUGGCAUAGCCCUGGAUGAAGCCACAGUUGAAGCUAGACUGCUAGAGGCUAUGCUGUUUGCUUGGUCACCUGUUCAAAGCUGUAAUUUUGGCAAUUUUAUGUGUGAUGGUUUUCUGAAGAAUGCAAAAUUCAGUUGGUAUUGGAAAGUGAAAGAGGAGUUUAGCCAACAA